AUGACCCGCUGGAGUGCUAGUGGGUCAGGAGUGACACAAAAGAACCUGACCGGAACGGGGAAACAGGAGUUACAGCUGCUAAUGAUCACCGACCUCCUCUUCACCACCAUCAUGUACAUCAAGACUUUCCUCGUCUUUGCUGCUCUUGCUGCUGUGAACGUGUAUGGGAGCCACAGUCAUUACGAUGGACCCAUCGCCAUCCCACAUGUCCUCCACAACGGCUAUCUAGCAGACACACAUGAAGUAGCAGCAGCCAAGAGCGCUCAUCUUGCUGCUCUGGCUACAGAGCCUCGAGGUCAGGCGUAUGGAGGAGGCUACGGUUAUGGAGGCUAUGGAUAUAACCAGGAUGAAAUAUACAGUGGCUCUUAUGGAGGACACCAUGGUCAUGGAGAUUUCAGAUACCAAGGACCCAUAGCUGUACCUCAUUUACUCCAUGACGGACACAUCGCCGACACUCACGAGGUUGCUGCUGCCAAGGCUGAGCAUUUCGCCGCCGUAGCCAAGGCCAAGGCUCAUGCAGGAUACGGACAAGACUACAGCGGACGUUAUGCCGGAGGAUAUGGCGGGCAUUCAGGAGCGUAUCAGGGAUACUCCCAUCAUGUGGCUCCUUACCACGGACCUCUCGCCGAGCCUGUCGUGCUCAAGUCUGGAUACCUGGCAGACACUCACGAGGUCGCUGCCGCCAAACAUCACCAUCUUGAGGCCCUCCACAAGGCCAGUAACUAUGGUCAUCACGAUUAUCAUUAUUGA